AUAUAAACUGAUUGAUUACUGACAUAGAUAUACCUCUUGUCAUUGUAUGUGCAAAGUUUCAUAACAAUCCAACACGUAGUUGUAAAAUGAGAACGAAACUCCGUUUGUAUGGCGAGCUUGCUGUGAACUUUUAAUUUGACUCAGAAUGCAGCCUUGGUGGAGUCAGGCCUUCCUUUUGUUUCCCCGAAUUGUUAAGUGGUUAUCAAUGAACUAGCUAGACUAAACGACCUCGGCGCCGCAGUUCUGUUGUUAAAUAUCAUUAAUAAAUGAGUAAUGAAUCAUGCAACUUGGGUAAGUUAUUAAAAAUGCAAAUUACCUAGCUACUACUUUUAGAAUAAUUAAUAGACUCUCGUUAGAAACAAAUGAAAAGUGAUGUAUGAGCACUAAUUUAUUUUAAAUUUGAGUUUCAAAAUUAUGUUGAAACUGAUAACUAAUUGUUCAAAUAUACUGAGUAACCUUACUUAAAAUAUUUGUCUAAUAAACUAUGAUAUUACGUUACAAGUAUUAUUUGAAUUCGUUUUUGCUUACUUUUCCUUUGAAUUUUUUUAUGUUUUAGUUUGUUUUUAUUUGUAGGUGGUUCAAAUGAUAACAUUACAUAUUCGUAACUUUACGAUUUGGGAACAGAAAAGGCAACUGUGAACCCUAAGGGUCGGUUACACCCAAUCGUCUGUCACCGUAAAAUUUCUUGUCUUCGUUUAUUGUUGAGGGAACUCAUAGAUUACUCUUCUUUGUUAAAACUGAGAAUAAAUUAAAAUUUACAAACAUGAUAUCCGCAGUCCGGAGCACGAACAUCCCUCUCGCUUACGCUUACGCUCAGUGAGAGUGAGAGAAGAAUACGAACCUAUAGGGCCUUAAACUGUAAAUAUUCUUUAUUGCACCAUCAAGAUAAUGAAAUCCAAAACACAUUCACAAUGUAAAUAUAGGUAGCAUCGGACUUAUCGCUGUAAGCGAUCUCUUCCAGACAACUUUAAGGUAAGGUAAAAUUAGAUUCCUUUGGUUUGAACCAGCGUAGCUCCACCUAAAAUUCCUGAAACCCAACCGGCUUGAUAACCGAACCAUGAAAACCAAUACGGCGCUUCCAAAUUCGAACAGUUCGAUCCAAUUAGGCCUGGGCGUGGAUCCGGCUGAUUGGCGUGGACGGGAGUUUUGGCGGUUGGCGGGCUUCGGUAACUGAUACCAGACGGGUCACUGAGCAAUGGUGGGUGUCUCCAUGCCGGGUGUUUGGCAGUUAUGUAACGGUUGAAAUCUGGUACAUACCUGGACACCUAGCUAAAGUACAAGUGCAUACGGUAAGUUAUCGAAACUUGAACGCGACUUUUCGCCUCAUCUGUCGCCCCGAUACACCUAGUUUUGAUUGGAGUUUGUUUAUAAAUAGUUGUCAUCUUUACUAACAUUUUACGUAAAAAGAGCAUAAAAAGAACAAUAAAAUAGAUAAUAGGGUUAUUUCCAAUUUUUUGAAACGCUUGUAUUACGUUCUAUAUUAACUAAAAGUUGCCCUAAAAUUCAACUUUUAUACUAAAAACGGCUUUAAAUAUGUUAAAUUAACAAAAUAUAUUUUGACAGAUGCUUUCGCGCCCAUAACGCUCUUUGAAAAUUGUGUGACGUCACAGUUUACGGUUUGACACAUAACUUCAUACACACGUAGAAGAUACGAACUGUGAACUGACAUUUGUCAUUUGUUGUUUAUCGCCUAACUGUCAACAGUGUCAAUCCGAGAGUUGUGACGUCAUCAGAAUCUUCAAAGACGUUUCGAGUUUGGUCACGUGACGUGUGCCAAAAGAUAUUUUAAAUUCAAUAUUUACAAAAAUAUGGUCAUUACAGGUCCCCUAAAAGUAGUUUAACAUGUUCUUAUAAUCCAAAAGAAUUUAUUGGGAUACAAUUCUGCCCAAAGAUUUGUAGAUGGAAACAACCCUAUUCACGUCACGUGUUUCUUCUCAAAAAGUCAAUUAGAAACUGAUGGUGUUAGCUUAAACUGGGCAAACACAGGUUUCCAUUCUUUAGGGUUUGAACUACCCUUUCCUAUUAGUGCGAAAGAUACAAAAAAGGUUGUCGGUAAGUCGUUAUCACCGAACCAACAAAAGACUCUAAAGCUGCCAUUGAUAUAAUUGAUUACGUGGAAUUUUUCUACAGCGCAUCGCAUAAUAAAAUUAUAUACCCAUGUUUAUUAAAAAGUACUACUAUAAAAUUCGUACACCAGCACGGAUGUCCUGCCACUGCCAGUACUUUAUAUUAUUUAAAUCUUCCGUAUUUUGUACUGUAAAAAUUCAUUUAGCGUUACAAAUGAUCAAACUAACACAACACCACAUUAUUUGAUUUGAUGUCGAUUCAACCGGUUUAGGACCGAUUUAUACCCUUAUAAUGAAUAAAACAUGCAACUUAGAUAAAUAAAAAAACCGAAUAAAACCGAUACCGGUUUUUUCAAAUUCUAAAAACCCGGUUUUGGGUUUCCGUCAAAAAACCGGUUUUGACCGGUUUUUUCGGUUUCGGUUAAAACCGGUUUGCAUUCCCUACCGAUACGACCUUCAAGACAGCGUACUCCCAUCUUAAAGGUCAGAAACGCACUUACACCAAUGUGCAGGUGUCCAUAGAGGACGGUAAUUACUUAUCAUCAGGCAAUCGCCUGCUCGUUUGCCUCCUAUAUCAUACUUGAAAAACUAAAUACUAUAUGAGAUACCUACCUUUCUCGGCUUAAGAGGGAAGAAUAUAGCUUUAAUAUAGUUUCGGGAGAAAACGUUUUGCACUAACUAAAUUCUGAUGUCGAUCGCUUCAGCGUAAUAUAUUUUAGGUUAAUAGGUUUCGCUUUAAAAAAAAAUGUAAAUUUUGAAAAAAAGGAAAACCUAGUUUUUCAUUGUGUGAAUAACAUACUAAAAAUCAUGGAGAAUGGAAAAUGUUUAGAAGUGAUAAAUGUUUUCUUCUUUUGUAUGGACGAUCACGUAGUGUAGGUACUUCCCUCUUAAAGGUUAGUUAUGAUGGAUAAAUAUUUCAAUAUGACUCAAUAAUUUAACCCCAGAUACCUAAUGUAAAUAAAUUAUUCAGCAUUCCCCUUCAUCUGUUAACCAAAUUAUCAGUUAUUGCUCUCUGAACUAGAUUACUUAUUUUGAGUACAACUAGUGUUGACAAACGGUUUAAUUUCAUAUUUAAAAACAUAUUUAAGCCUGUAAACAUGUACUAACUUACAUUGUAUGUCGUCUUGAUGUGUAAAUAACACAUGCAAUAUAGUAAACACUAUUUGGCAGACAUGUUUACCGUAAGCUCUACUAGUCAUAUGCACUUGACACUUUGACAUUAUGCAUUUCCUGAAAACCUGUAUAAUGCGCAUGUUUCUGCGCAUGUUCCGAAUAUAUCUUGCUAGCCUUUGAUACUUUGUAUAGGGACCGUGUGCGUUGGAGGGUCGGCCAUCUUGUUGCCUGAAUCGGAAGCAUAAACAUGCACAUGUACACGUCACGUGUUUUCUUGUGCAUAGUAGGUUCUGCCAUCUUGUGGGCUACAUCGGAACAAAAAACAUCACAUUUACGCCUCGCGCCAAAAAUCUGACGGCUCCUGUGCUGCCUCCUACAGUUCAUGCACGCUCCCUAUAAGAGAUAUACAUAAUGGCUACAUUAUCUUUUUUAGGGUUCCGUACCCAAAUAGGUAAAACGGGACCCUAUUACUAAUGAUAAGACUCCACAGUCCGUCCGUCUGUCACCAGGCUGUAUCUCAUGAACCGUGAUAGUGAAGUCUAGACAGUUGAAACUUUCAUAGAUUAUUUGUAUUUGUAUUUAUUUAUUUGCUGAAUAUGGGUUUACAAAGGUGUACAAUAAUAUAUUUUAGUUCAACCAUACUCUGCUUAGUGUAGCAUGCAAAUUUGAAGUAGGUAUAGUCGCACUAUAACAUAAAAUAACAUGAAAAUAUUAAAAAUAGGUAAAAAGAUGUUAUGUAUUUCUGUUGCCGCUAUAACAAGAAAUACUAAAAAGUACGGAACCCUCGAUGGGCGAGUCAGACUCGUACUAUUCCGGUAUUAUUUAUUUAAUUGAUUGAAGGAACAAACUAUUUACAUUAUAAUAUUACAAGACCCAUGAGAUUUGUGUACAGAUGGGGAUUUCAAAUUGUAUUGAGUUCCAGAAGCUAUUGUUAUUUUUUUAUGUCAUUUGGAACCACGAAUUAUACAAUUAUUUUUAUAAGUAGAAUAUGUUUCACAUUUUCUUCUAUAUAUUUAAAAUGAAUUAAAUUACAAUUGUCCCCAAAAGAAAUUUUGGAAUUAUAGAAUAUACUCAAAAUAAUAAAAUCUACGCAAAGCCACAUCUACUGGGAACACAAAUUAUCUUUUCAAUUAAUCUACAUGACAAAGUUUUCCCACUACAUAACUUAGUACGUACUACUUACUAGUACAGUAUAUAGUAUACGUAAUAAUAUUUUGAUAACUACAUCACGACAGGUUCAAUGUUCUUUCAUCAUUUCAACUAUGUAGGCUACAAAAUUUCCUAAAACUGUGAUAAAUUAUCCCGAAUUUCAAAGACAUUCCAGAUCAAACAAUCGUAACAAGCACAGCAAACAGACAUCAAACUUGAUGAAAACACUUUCGUAAUUCGUAACAAGUUUUCCAACUUCCAUUAUCACGUUUAUAGACUGCACUAAUAAAACUAAUCUCAUCUUACUCUAUCACGCUAGCUAUCCUUUUCUAACGCAUUGACUAAUGUCAAACCUCCGCGGUCGGCUGGACUCGCCGCGCGCACCGCGAAAAGGCGUCAGUAAAAUGUUUACGCGCGGGUUUAUAAUUUAAAUUUGGAAUUGUUUUUAAAAAUAAAUGUAAAAUGAGCAAAAAGUCUGGAAGUGGCGACGGUGUAGUGGCCAGGAAGAACUCUGUGAUAGCGACCACUAACAAUACGUCGAACCCCUCAUCGCUCGGUGAUGAUUCCUAUGAGCUGACGUCAGCCGACGUGUACAUAGACAAUGGGAUCUCCAGAUCGAAGUACGAGCCCCUGUUCCCCGAGGUUGAGGCGGUGCUGGGGUCGCCACACUCGCCGCCGCCCUGCACGCUCGUGUGGCGGGACCUUUCCGUGCACACCAAGCUGAAGGAUGGCAACCUCAAACGAUUAGUCAAUAAUGUGAGCGGCAUUGCAAAACCGGGCUCGCUGGUGGCAUUAAUGGGACCCAGUGGCGCCGGAAAAACUACAUUAAUGAGUGCGUUAGCGCACCGGAGUCCAGUGGGCACAAUAGUUGACGGAGAGAUAGCCAUGAACGGGCGGCCCGUCGGAGACUUUAUGCACCGACACAGCGGUUACAUGCAUCAAGAUGAGUUGUUCGUAGACAAUUUGACGGUCAUCGAACAUCUAAAUGUCAUGGCCCGACUACGUAUGGACCGGCGCACCUCCUCCAUCGCUCGGAAACGUCGAGUAAACCAACUUCUGCGUCAGCUGGCGCUAUACAAGUCGCGGUUUACACGCAUCGGAGGCCUUGAUGGACAGAAGACUCUAUCCGGAGGGGAGCGGAAGAGACUAUCCUUCGCUACUGAGCUUCUAACAGACCCUGGUCUCCUCUUCUGCGAUGAGCCCACCACGGGCCUGGAUUCCUUCUCAGCGCAGAAGUUGGUAUCUCUACUGCGAGCCAGCGCUGCACAGGGGAAGACCGUCAUAUGCACCAUCCACCAGCCUUCUUCAGAGCUGGUAGCGCUGUUUGACAAACUAGUGUUAUUAGCGGAGGGAAGAGUGGCGUACGCAGGCAGUGCGAAAGGAGCGCUCACUUUUUUUGAAAGUUUGGGCUACCACUGCCCCAUCACGUACAAUCCGACGGACUACUUCAUAAAGGUUCUGGCGAUGACACCUGGCUCAGAGGAGGCCUCACGGCAGGCGGUGAAGAGUAUCUGUGAUCGGUUUGCAGUCAGCGACGCCGCUAAAGAAUUAGACAUGGAGAUACACUUGGAGUUUCACCUUAUGGACCAUGAGGAUCAGGCUAGAAAGAAACUAAGUAAGGAAAACUUCAAGCCACCAUUUUUCUUCACGAAAAUUAUGUGGCUUGUGUACCGAUAUGCGCUGAUCGUCAUCCGAGAUCCGAGAGUCCAGUUUAUACGAAUUAUACAAAAACUGGCAAUAGCCUUCACCGCCGGCGUCUGUUUCCUCGGCACAGCACGCCUGACACAAGCCGGGGUCCAAGACGUGCAGGGUGCCCUCUUCAUCAUUAUUGCAGAGAACACCUUCAGCCCCAUGUAUUCAGUCCUUCACAUGUUCCCUGAGGAGUUCCCGUUGUUCCAUAGAGAAAUCAGAGCGGGGUUGUACUCGACACCUGAGUAUUAUAUAGCGAGGAUGAUUGCGUUGUUCCCAGGUUUGGUCGUUGAGCCAUCCCUGUUCACGCUGGUGGUGUACUGGAUCGCGGGGCUUCGUGCUACAGUCUACGCCUUCGGCUUCACCAUAUUCCUGUCCAUACUGGUGCUCAACGUUGCUAUUGCUUGCGGAUCGUUCUUCUCAUGCGCUUUCGGCUCGAUGCCUGUCGCCAUUGCCUACCUCGUGCCUUUCGACUACUGUCUCAUGAUGACGUCUGGCAUCUUCAUCAAACUAAGUACAAUACCUAAAUACAUAUCCUGGAUUCGGCAUUUGUCGUGGCUUAUGUACUCAAACGAAGCCAUGAGCAUACUGCAGUGGGAUGGCGUUAGCAACAUAACUUGCUCCCCAACUGAGUCCGGUACGCCGUGCCUCAGCACGGGCGACGAGGUCCUCAACGUGUACGACUUCACCACCUCACACUUCUGGACGGACGUCAUCGCACUCGCCGUGCUGUACCUCGCCUUCCACCUCCUCGCGUUGCUGGCUUUGAGGCAUCGGACGAGGCGGAAAUAAUAUUAGUUCCCUUAUAUCUCUGUUAAGUCCCCAAUUGUUACGAGAUGUUUAAGGAGUGCCUACGGCUGCACGAACUCCCACUUAUAAUAUAUUUAAGCCGGUCAAACCACUUUGCCAUUAGAAAAAGGCGCGAAAUUAAUUUUUUUCUAUGGGACGCUAAAACUUCCCGCCUACAUUUUAUAAAAUUGCUGCUUUUUCUACUGACGGAAUUAGCUUGAAAGACUAUAAGAUAAGAUAAAACGUUUAUCUAUUUCUCGAGACCUUUCAGAGAGACAGCUUAAAAUUCCUUCAUAAGUUCAUAUAUAUAUGAAAGUACAUGAUAUAUUUCAAAGUAGAAUAUUUCGAAUUUUAAUGAACUUUCCGUCGGCAUUAGUAGAAGUAUUGCUCUUGUUGAUCCGAAAUGAAUGCUAAACGAUGAAAUAUUCUGAUUCAAUAGACUAUAUUGUUUUGUUUUUAAUUUUAAUGGUGUCUAUUAAUAAUUUUAACUCCAAUGUGUGAUGUACAUAAUAUAUUUAAUAAAUUUACUUAUGUAAUUUAUAUAAGUAAA